AGGGCAGCUGGGCUUUGCAGUUAGGCUCAUUAACAGUGCGACGUGGUGGCACGAGCAUCUCUCUGAAGAGAAUGUAGAGUUCCUCAAGAAGGCAACUGCGGAGGAAUACAAAGCUCAGACAGCCAGCAAGCUUUGCCCUCUGAAAGACGAGCCGUGGCCGCUGAACGAGUGGAAACCAGAUUCCAUGAGAGUUGGAGUUGUCGCAGUAAAACUGGGAAUGAUGCCCAUGUGGACCAAGUCAGGAACAAAACAUGCUGUCACGCUGCUUAAGGUGGAAGAUUGCCAUGUUUUAAGAUAUGUUUCAAAGGAAGAGUCGGGUGGAAAAACAUCUAAGCUACUUGUUGGAGGCAAAAAUGCAUCUCCUUUUUCUAAAUCAGAGUCUACAAUGGAAAUUUUUAAUGAAGCUGGAGUACCAAGGAAGCAGAAAGUUACGACAUUCAAUGUAACAGACGAUGCCUUAAUUAAACCAGGUACUCCUCUGUAUGCUGCUCACUUCCGCCCAGGGCAGUUUGUGGAUGUUACUGCAAAAACAGUCGGUAAGGGAUUUCAGGGCGUCAUGAAAAGGUGGGGAUUUAAAGGUCAGCCUGCCAGCCAUGGCCAGACAAAAACCCACAGGCGUCCUGGAGCAAUAUCUACCAAUAAAGCUGCCAAAGUUUAUCGUGGAAAGAAAAUGCCUGGUAAAAUGGGUAACAUCUAUCGGACAUCCUUUGGGCUGAAGGUGUGGAGGAUCAACACAAAGCACAACAUCAUUUAUGUCAAUGGCUCUGUUCCAGGACACAAAAAUUGCCUGGUGAAGGUCAAAGAUAGCAAAUUGCCUACUUACAAGGACUGCAACAAAAACCCUCCAUUCCCUACGUUUUUUGCUGAUGGAGAUGAAGAACUCCCAGAAGACCUGUACGAUGAGGAUGUCUUCCAGUUCACGGAUCCAUCUGUCACAUAUACAUAAUGUUCUUUGUGUCAUUGAGAACACACCAUUUGGUUACUUUCCCAAACUUUGCAAUG